AUGAUGAAGCGUUUUGUGACUAUCGUGUUGCGUAGCCUGGUUAGCCUGUCCAAGGAGAAUCGCAUUUGGGCAAAGGAGCAUUCGCCGGCACCAAAGGAGAUCAUGAGGAAACGGAGGGCAGCCAAGAGAGCCGCCAACAUGGGCAGACACAACUUAAUGAUUUUGACCGUUUACCUCAGUGACGGGGACCAGGCCGCGACCGAGGUUCCCAUCACCCCGGAAACGACAUGUCGCGACGUGGUGGAGUUUUGCAAAGAGCCGGGCGAGAGCGGCUGUCACCUGGCCGAAGUGUGGAGGGGCAACGAGCGAGCCAUCCCCUUUGAGCACAUGAUGUACGAGCAUCUACAGAAAUGGGGACCUCGGAAACAGGAAGUCAAGUUUUAUCUCCGGCACGAAGAUUCGCCGACGGAGGGCAGUGACGGGAGUCAACAGUCUCAGGACCAAACCACUCGCAGAGGAAACACUGGAGAGAAGCACAACGAGAAUGGGGUGGGAGGCCAGCGUGUGGAGCUCACGCUGUCAGAGCUGCAGGAGAUGGCCACUCGGCAGCAGCAGCAGAUCGAAGCCCAGCAGCAAAUGCUUGUGGCAAAGGAGCAGCGGCUGCGUUAUCUGAAGCAGCAGGAGCGGCGGCAGCAGCAGACCGUUUCAGAGAGCGAGAAACUGCAGCGGCUGAAGGAGCGCGUGGAGAGUCAAGAGGCCAAGUUAAAAAAGAUCAGAGCCAUGAGGGGACAAGUGGACUACAGCAAGGUCAUCAAUGGAAACCUGUCCGCAGAGAUUGAGCAGGUGACCAAUUUGUUCCAAGAGAAGCAGUCGGAGCUGCAAACGGCGGUGAUGAGAGUGGAGCAGCUGAGUCUGCAGCUGGAGGAGCUGCGCAGAGGGAAGCUCAAUGGAGUCCAGAACACCUUAGGGGGAGCGGUGACCGGUACCGCCGCCUUAGAGCUCAAGAAACUCUAUCAGGAGCUUCAGAUUCGCAACAAAUUGAACCAAGAGCAAAACAGUAAACUCCAGCAGCAGAAGGAGCUGCUCAACAAACGGAACAUGGAGGUGACGCUGAUGGACAAGCGCAUCAGUGAGCUUCGAGAGCGCCUCUACAAGAAAAAAACUGAGGCACGUCAAAAAGAGAACCUCCCUCUCAACAGAGCCAAUGGGCCUCCGUCUCCGCAGCCCGCUCCUGGGACACUGGGGAGGGUAGCUGCUGUCGGCCCGUACAUUCAAGUCCCUUCGCCUGGACGUCAGGAAGGAUACACGCUACCACCAGAACCACUGAAGCCACAGAGUCUCGGAGUCAACAACCAAACCAACCAGGGUCGCCCCAAGUCAGAUGGUGUGCGAAAGCCCCCCGGCCCGUGGAAGGUGUCUGAUUUAGACAUCGUAGUGGAUCCGGUGCCCGCGUCCCAUGAGACAACAGGCCCCGUGGCCACGUCUGACUGCUCGUCCUCAAACGAUGCUGGUUGGCCGACUAUAGGCAAGACGAACACUCUGAAGCCACCGGAAAGAAGAGACUCAGGAAGUGACACUCAGGGCAAGAGCUCCCCCUCAGGCUCCCCCGUGGCUCCAGGGGCAGAUAAGCCGCUGCCUCCGUCAAAGCCACAGCCCCCUCCUUAUGGCUCUCACCUCAGCUCCUUGGACAGACGAAAGGACGUCCCGCCGCCACUCUCUCGACCGUUACCCAACCCCCCUCCCCCCGCCUGGCCCCGCGUCCCGCCGUCCUCAGGAUCGUCCUCUCAGCAGAUCCAGCACCGCAUCUCGGUCCCACCCAGUCCGACCUUCCAGCCCAACGUGCCCAUGUUCCCCCCCAGUCUGAGCGAGCGCCUGGACCCUCCCCCCGCUGUAGCAGUGCGGCCCUUCAUCGCAGACCGGGGCUCGCGGCCACAGUCUCCCCGAAAAGGCCCCGCCACCAUGAACUCCAGCUCCAUCUAUCACAUGUACCUCCAGCCAGCAGCGCCAAAGGGUCAGCCACCCAAGACCGCUCUGAAAGCAGUGUAUGGAAAGCCUGUCCUCUCCAGUUCCACUCCUCCCUCGCCUCUCCCCUUCGUCCAGACCGGAGGGACUUUUGUUUUGCCUGGAGGUGAUGACACUUUGGAGGGAGAGUUUGAUGAAUUAGACGGUUUACAGCACCUGGAGCCCUCAGCGCCUCCUCCCAGCGUGGAGAACAUCCCCCGGCCCCUCAGUCCAACAAAGCUAACGCCCAUGGUCCACUCACCACUGCGCUACCAAAGCGACGCCGACCUCGAGGUGCUGCGGAAAAAACUGGCCAACGCCCCAAGACCGUUGAAGAAGAGGAGCUCCAUCACAGAGCCAGAGGGGCCCAGUGGUCCCAACAUCCAGAAGCUGCUCUACCAGAGGUUUAAUACUCUGGCUGGUGGCAUAGAGGGCAGCGGAGUCAGUGCAGCCCCAGGUGGGAAUGGUGCAGGGACUGGAACCCCCUUUUAUCAGCCUAGUCCCCCUGCUUAUCAGGGAGGAGAAGCUGGUGCUGACACAGACAAUGGCAACCUCCCUUCAGACUCCCAGCUCCCGCCUCCACCAGGGCCAGAAGAGGCCGGCUCUGAUCCAAACACAUCCACUGACGAUAAUGACAACGAGCCGAUGCCCCUGCCGCCUGAAGGACUGUGCGACCCGAGCGAGACCGAGGAAGCGGACGAGGACAACAACAACAUGGACACAGAGGUGCUGCUGCCCAGUCCUGUGCCAGAGGUCCUCACGCCAGAAGAGAACGGAGACUCUUCCUGUCAGGCGCUGGAAAAGCGCACCAACUUGAAGAAGCCAGACUCCGAGCGCAUCGGCCACGGUUACCGGGUCAAGUUCAACCCACUGGCUCUUCUGCUGGACGCCUCGCUGGAGGGAGAGUUUGACCUUGUUCAGAGGAUCAUUUAUGAGGUGGAGAAUCCAAGCACUCCCAAUGACGAGGGCAUCACUCCCCUGCACAACGCUGUGUGUGCGGGUCACCAUCACAUAGUCAAGUUUUUGUUGGACUUUGGAGUGAAUGUCAAUGCGGCCGACAGUGACGGAUGGACUCCUCUUCACUGCGCUGCGUCCUGCAACAGCGUCCAUCUCUGCAAGUUGUUGGUAGAAUCCGGUGCAGCCAUAUUCGCCAGCACGAUCAGCGAUGUGGAAACGGCUGCAGAUAAAUGCGAGGAAAUGGAGGAGGGCUACAUUCAGUGCUCGCAGUUUCUUUACGGUGUCCAAGAGAAGAUGGGUGUAAUGAACAAAGGAACGGUGUAUGCUCUGUGGGUCUAUGAGGCCCAGAACCAGGACGAGCUGUCGUUCAAAGAGGGAGACCCCAUCACCAUCCUGAGGCGGCAGGACGACAGCGAGACCGACUGGUGGUGGGCGCGGCUCGACGACAACGAGGGCUACGUGCCCCGCAACCUGCUCGGGGUAAACACACGACUGAGAGCCAUCACUGAGGCUGCAGAGCGGGAAUGCCCCCCCCCCCCCCCCCCCCCCCCCCCCCCCCCCCCCCCUUCUGAUGAGGAGAAGUCUCCAUGA